CAAGUGAAUGCCAUUGAUAAAUAAGCAGAAAACAGCAACAACCACCCAGAAAUUCCACAUCCAUACAAAUAAGGAAAGCAGGCUACAAUGGGUGCACCGGAAUUACCAAAUGAUCCUGGCGAAGAAGAUUUACGCACAGUACACAUGGCACAAAAUCCACCCAUUGUUGCAAGUGAUGAAAGUGACAAUGAAUCUUUGGAUGACUACGAUGGCUAUCAACCCUUGGCUAUGGAUGACAAUCAGAUGGAGUACACUAGCAUAGCAUUGCAAGAAGAUGAUGAUGAUGAUGGUACGGCAGAACAAGAGAGUUUUAAUAGAACGCGGCCACCAGUUAAUACCAUAGAAGAGAAUGUUGAGCCACAGCAGUCUGCUGAGGACGUUGAGGUUACACAUGGUGAUCCAAAUUUGCCUCCAAUUGAAAGUAUAGAUGCUGAAAUUGAACGAGAAGUUUGGAGCCAACCAAGACCUGAGGAAUUGCAAAUAGAGUUAGAUAGUAGCAAGACACAGCAGAUACUAAGCGCAAUGGCCAAUUUUACCUUACCUAAUAUUGGUGUACCGUCAUGGGCAGAGGGUGUACCCGAAGAACGUUGGAAAGAAGAACUGCUACAGCGUAUACGCCAACGGAAACCAGCAACAAAUGAUGCCACAAUGGAUGUCGAUAAGGAAACUAAAUAGUGAUACUAACAAAAUAUUCCAUAUUUUAUGUAAAAUAAUUUAGAUGUGUUUUUGGUAAAUCGCAAAGCUUGGCGAAAAAUAAUUUAUAUCUUCUAAUUGAAUAUUUAGAACUUUUAACAGUUCUAAUUUAACGGUUUAUUCUAAGUAUUAUGAUUUAUAAUAACUCAACCGAAUUAGUCUUAGUUGCCUUUUAGCAAGUAAAUAAACGGAAAAAACUGAAAAAAUGUUG